AUGCCUCCAACUGUCUAUGUCAUUCGUCACGCACAAGGCGAGCACAAUGUCAACGACUCCCACCACCUGCGGGACGCACUUUUGACGGAGACGGGAAAAAGUCAAUGUAAAGAGCUUCAGGAGAAGUUUCCGUUCCUUCAGGACGUUGAAGUCAUCCUCGCAUCUCCACUCCGACGCACUGUCCAGACUGUCGCCUACACCUUCGCGCCUGAAUUAGAGAAACGACAGAUACCCAUAGUUUUGGUUCCCAAGGCACAAGAGAUUAGUAGUCUGGCGUGCGAUGUUGGUCAUGAUGCCGAAGUCACAAUUACAGAAGCCCCGAAGCUAAUUGCCGAAGCUGUCCCUUCAUGGGAUGCUUCAAACUUGGACACGACAUUGGUCGACGAUUCUUGGAACUCAAAGAGAGGAAUUUACGCGUCUAACUUGUCAGCAGUGCAUCAAAGGGCCGCUGAAAUGCGUAACUGGAUUUACAACAGGCCAGAAAAGCAUAUCGCGCUCGUGACUCACGGGGGGUUCUUGCACUACUUCACGGAGGAUUGGACAGGCUAUGUGCAGGGCAAAGGAACUGGCUAUUUGAAUUGCGAAUACCGAAAAUUGGAGUUUACCGAGGACUCCGACAAAACAGAAUCGCAUCUUCGUGAAUGCGGGAGCAUGCUGGGAAAACAAGCUAGACCAGCUGGCCUGGACGAUCAUUUGUUCCAUGAGAUAGAAAAAGUGGAGAAAGCGUCAUGA